AUGAUUCAAGGGUCACGCAUUCUUUCGAGAUCUAACUCGGAUAUCAGUCUCGAGGCACCCCUGGUGCCAGCGGACCCAUCAGUGGUAAGUGAUGCAGGUGAGGAGGAGUUACCCCCCGCAGGCCCUGAGCAUGGUUUGCUUCAGCCUAGCUCACUCCCGGAUAUCUCUGUCUCCGGCGAGGUCACCGCCGACUCUCUGGCCAAACAAUUGUUUGGAGAGCGAGACAUUGAGAAAGUUUCUGUCUGGAACGAGAUGGUAACCCAGACGUGGCAGGAUCUCGCGCGUUCUGGCCUAGUCACGGAUCAACGUGAACUACUUUUUAAAAAAUACUCUCCCCCAGAAACAGCGGCGUUUCUCAAAGCCCCCGCAUUAAAUCAAGAAUGCAGUGUGGCUCUCAAAGGGAAUUCUGUUAUCAAGAGGGAUGAUUUUGCCCGCAAAAAUCAAGAACAGCUUGGCAGAGCCCUUUGCGCCCUUGGCGAGGCUAUUUCAGAUUUUCUCUGCCCGACCAAUCAAUCAUCUCUCACCCCGGAGGUCCGUUCAGCAGUGGCUAAAGUUAACGAUGGUGCCAAAAUCCUGGCUGACCUUUUCCAUCGAUUGUCUAAAUCUAGACGGGCACAAAUCAUGCCCGCACUUAACCUCGCAGCCAAGGACACGGCGAAUGCUAUCCCUUCGGAUGAACUCCUCUUCGGAACCUCCUUCGGAGAUCAAAUAAAGAAGGUUGCAGCAAUGCAGAAAUCAUCUAAGGAAAUCAUCAGAGCCCCGUUGCAGAUAUCCAGACGGCUUCAGCAGCCGAUCUCUCAGCCAGACGGCAUCCAGGAGGCCAGGGGCGAGCACAAAUCGCCGUCCGUACUAUCCCAGGUCUCAUUCGAGGUCGAGGAGACACUAGUCAACGCUGAGGUAAUUGUGGGCGGCAGAUUGGCCCGUUUUCGAUCCCAAUGGGAAACAAUUACUUCGAAUUCAAGGAUUUUACAAGCCAUUUCGGGGUAUAGGCUACCCUUCAUCCAGCAACCACCCUCUCAGACUAGAGAACCUUCUGUUCUCUUAACCUACCUCGAGGAGCAGCGCUGUUCCCAGGAGAUUGCCAGACUUUUAACUAAGGGAGCAAUAGAGCCGACUGUGGACUGCGAGGGUCAAUAUUUGUCCUCUUUUUUCCUAAUUGAAAAACCCUCUGGAGGUUACAGAUUUAUACUCAACCUGAAGGGCUUCAAUCGGUUUAUUCAUGCACCGCAUUUCAAGAUGGAGGACUGGAAGACUGUAAUUCGCCUCAUUUCUCCAGGUGAUUAUCUUGCCUCCAUUGAUCUGGAGGACGCGUACCUCCUCGUUCCGGUACACCAGAACGAUAGGAAAUUCCUUCGCUUUCGUUUUCUUGGUCAACUCUACCAAUUUCGUGUCCUACCCUUUGGCCUGGCGUCGGCUCCUUACAUCUUUACUAAAAUUUUAAGGCCAGUCGCAUAUUUCCUCAGGGUUAAGGGCUUCUCUUCGGUGAUCUAUCUGGACGAUUUUCUCCUCAUAGCACCAUCGUAUAAUCAAUGCCGAAAGAAUAUCAGAGCAACUAGGCAGUUACUGUUAUCUUUAGGUUUUCUCAUAAACGUACGCAAGAGCGUUUUCAGCCCAACAAGAUCUUGUCGCUUCCUUGGAUUUCUUUUUGAUACAACAUCUUUUACAGUCUCCAUCCCCCCUGACAGAAGGGAAAAAUUAUUCCAGAGGACCUGGGAUAUUCUUACCAGGGACAGUUGUAAAAUUCGCUAUUUAGCCAGUUUUAUAGGCUCUUUGAUUUCAGUUUGCCCAGCCGUUCAGUACGGCAUGCUACACACAAAAAUUUUAGAAAGGGUGAAAUUUUUGGCCCUUACGUCCGCAGGAGGCGACUUCGAGGCCCAAAUGUCUCUUCCUUCAUUGAUCAGGGAGGAUCUCCACUGGUGGAAGAACAUUUUUGCGGACAAAUCUCAAGAGAAUCCCAUCAGAUCAGGUCUCUUCACCCUUGAGAUCUUCUCUGACGCCUCCCUCACAGGAUGGGGUGCUGUAUGUAGCAGGGGACGUUCGCAUGGAUUUUGGUCACCAGAAGAGAAGCAGUUCCAUAUUAAUUAUCUGGAACUUCUAGCCGUUUUCCACGCUCUUCGGUGUUUUGCGGCGCAGCUUUCAAACUCCAGCAUUCUUCUCAGAGUAGAUAACUCUACAGCUUUGUCUUACAUCAAUCGCAUGGGCUCCAUAAGAUUUCCACUUUUAUCCAGUUUAGCUAGGGAAAUUUGGACUUGGUGUGCAGACCGGAAUAUCUUUAUCUAUGCUGCUUACAUUCCUUCAGCCCAAAAUUGCGAGGCAGAUGCCGAGUCUAGGAUCCUCUCGCAGAGGCAGUUGACGCCUUUUCGUUACACUGGGGUUCUACGCAAAAUUAUCUCCGACGAAGCUGAGGGGGUGAUUGUCGUGCCGUGGUGGCCAGCCCAACCAUGGUUCCCUUUAUUUAAUCGCAUUAGGGCAAUUUCACCCAGCCUGGGACAGGAUUACCCUGGUUGCCGCGAAGCUAUCCGGCAGGCCUUUGCCUACAGAGGAACCCCAUCCCAGGCAAUAGCUACAAUGCUUGCUUCUCUUUCCGAGGCUACUAUAGCCCAAUAUGCAAAGCCUAUCAAGCUUUGGUGGAAUUUCUGCAAAGAAAAGGACAUUAUCUGUUUCACUCCGUCAGUACCGGUCUUCUUGGAUUUUUUAUCAUCCCAGCUUUUAGGGGUAGGAUCCUACGCCACCCUAAACUCAUACCGUUCAGCUAUAUCGCUGAUUUCGACGAAUGAGGUAGGCUCUCACCCUCUCGUUAAGAGAUUCUUUCGAGGAGUUGCGGCCUUGAAACCUCAACGCCCUCGCUACGACUACGUCUGGGAUCCAGCUCCAGUUCUUAACUAUCUGGCCUCUCUAUAUCCCCACGAAAGCCUUUCUCUAGAAUGUUUAUCUAGAAAGCUCAUCACACUUCUUGCUCUCACUACCGCGGCAGAGGAUGCAGACGCUUGCAGCCAUCCAGAUCUCUAA